ACCAACUCGCCGGCGCCUAGCCAAAGCUGCGGGCCAUGCCACGCGCUCAUGGAUGCGGGAGGCACCCGCCUGCGCGCGCACACGAAGCGCCUGGCGCAGCUACCCUGGCUCGAGGCGCUGUGGCAACUGCGCCAGCCAGGGCUCCGGCUGGACGCCUUCCUCCUCAGCGCGUGCGCGGGCGCCUGCGCCAAAUCCGCCGCGUGGCGACACGCACAGCAGCUGCUUGGGGCGGCCGGCAGUCACCAGAUCCGCGUGGACAGCGCGCUGGGAAAUGCGGCGGCCAAGGGAUUGGCGCGGCAGGGCCGUUGGCAGGCGACACUGGUCUUGGCAGGAGGCUCGGAGGCCAACACGGCCAGCGCGAACUGCGCGCUGGACGCCUGCGCCCAAGGCGCGGCGUGGCGGCAGGCGCUGCUGCUGCUGCAGUGGAUGCCGCUCCGGCGCCUCAGCGCCAGCGAGGUCACGCAGGGUGUGUCGGUCAAUGCGCUCCGCGGCAGCUGGCCACAGGCCCUACAAGUGCUGGACACUGGCAACAUUGUGGCCGUGAAUACGGCUUUGGCUGCCAUCCGCUGGGAACAGGCCGUGGUGCUGUUCUGGCGGCUGCGAAUCAAACGCACCGUGCGCACGCUGAACGCCGUCUUGGGCAGCCUGGCGAGCGUCGGGCAGUGGCAGCAGGCCCUGCCCUUCCUCGAAUUGAGGAGCCCGGCGCCGGAUGUGGUGAGCUACAACUGCCUGCUGACCGCCUGCGCCAGGGCGCAGCACUGGGAGCUGGCCCUGAGGCUUCUUUGUGAGAUGCCAGGGGAGGUCCUCCCGGACCAGGUAUCCUUUGCUGCUGUCCUGGACUCCCUACCUGGGCCGGAGCUUGCGGCCUGGAUCCUGCAGCAGGCGCGGCGUGGGGUCCGCGCGGACCUGGUGACGCAGAGCGCGGCGCUGCGCUGCUUCGGCAAGGCCGAGAGGUGGCAGAUGUCUUGCCUGAUCCUGGCAAAUGUCGCGGAGACCGGACUUCAGCGAGAUCAGGUCCUGUGCGGAGCUGCGGCAGAUGCUUGCGGGCGAGUGGGGCAGUGGCGGAUCGCCUGGCAGUUGCUCCCGAACAGCCUGGUCACCACGAAUUCCGUGCUCAAUGCCUGCGCUCAGGCGAGGCGCUGGUUGGCAGGGCUGCGACUGCUGCAUGGUUUGCCGGAGGCGCGGCUGCAGCCGGACCUGCUGAGCCUCAGCGCCGCAGCGCAGGCGACGCGGACGGCCUGGCAGAGGUGCCUCAGCCUGCAGGAGCUUGGCGCGCAGUGUCGUGACGAGAUCUUCUAUGAGGCCUUGCUCCGAGCCCUCGCGCCCCACCAGCUGGUGCCGCAGCUGCGGUGCCUGCGCCAGGACGCGCUCUCCAGCUGGGCAGAAAAGAAGCGCCCAGGGCGCUGGUAUGACCCGUUUGGGCAGCGACCAAAGCUCCCCCGCAAAAGGACCUACGGCCUGGGGGCUUUGUGCGGCGUGGGCCUCGGCGGCUGCGGCUUCGGCUUGGCGCUGGGGCAGUGGGAUGCCCAGCUGCGGCUCCGGCAGCUGCCGGCCUGCGGCCGCGUGUGCUGCGAGGACUUGACAGCAGCACAGAAGGCGCUUCCUGAGAAGUUGCGGGCCAUUGUUGGCAAGCAGCAUGUGGCGGAGAAUGUGAUUGAGACGGGGACCAUGGUGGGCCAGGGCCACGCGCUCCUCGUGGCGCGCCCGGGCACCUUGAAGGAGGCCCAGGUCCAAGUGAGGCUGGUGCUGGGGAUGCAGGUGCUGAAGGCCUGCGUGGAGGCCGAUGUGGCAGUUUACCCCCAAGGAGCCAAGACCGGCAUCACUGGAGGCUCAGUGCCGCGAGAUGGGGGCGACCGACCCAGCGUGGUCAUCAACAUGAAGCGCUUGGAGAAGAUCCUGCCCAUCGGCGAGGGCCAGCAGGUGCUGUGCUUCGCAGGGGCCGGCAUCUUCAGCGUGCAGGAGGCCUUGAAGGCGGUGAGCCGGGAUUCCCACUCGGUGCUGGGCUCCAUCUUCCUGAACCCCUCGGUGGCUGCGGGCGUGGCCUUCGGCUCGGGGGGCACCCAGAUCCACAAGCCGAACAUCUCACAGGGCCCGGCCUUCACAGAGCGCGCGCUUUUCCUGCGGGUGGGCCGCUCCAUUGCAACCACAGGGCUCCAUCUGCAAAGAUGGGACUGUGGAGCUUGCGACCUGGCUACGCAAGCAAUGUACGUGGCAUGUGGAAGCCUGGCGCGCCACGCGUCGGCGCGGAAACGGAUGUCGCAAGUGGAAGUGAAUACUUUGGGGCUGAAGCCCCAGGAUGAUGUGCUAUCCUUUCUGGAGACCUGGUUGAUUUUCCUUCAGCUUUUCUUCGACACGGGGAAGCACCCCACCAAUUUGAUCCCGGAGGAAGCGAAGGCGCUGUCGGCCAGUGACGUGGAUCCCGCCUGCCGGCGGUCCGGGUCAUGGCCCAAGUACCGGCAGCAGCUCUGCCAGCUGGAUGCCAAGGUUUCCAGGUACAACGCCGACACCACCGGCGAAGACUGCUGCCGCUCCGAGGGCAAGGCACAGCGGCAGAGUUUCCUCUGGGUGCUCAUCCUCGCCACGAUCCACGACACCUUCCCCCUACCAAAGGAGAGCAAGACGGUCUGGAUUUCCUGCAAAGACUUUGCCACUGCUCAGCUGAUGAAGGAGAAGGUGGCCUUGGCCUCGGCGGAGUGUUUGCCCAAGCAGCUGGAGUACCUCAGCCGGGCGCAGUUCGAUUGCUGCGACCAGGGGGGCCGCGUCCUCGUGAAGCUCAUCGAAAUGGUGGGCAUGAUGAACCUGGGAACCUUAUGGAACUUCAAGCUGAAGUUCGAGUCGCUGCCCAUUCCGUUUGCCAACCUCAUCGCAGACAAGAUGCUGUGGUACUUGAACCCCAUUUUCCCCGAAAGCUUGCCCAAGCAGAUCAUGAAGCAGGGCAAAGAGUUCGAUCACCACCUCAUCAUGGAGAUGACUGAGUGCCUUCUAUGA